GCUGCAGAGCCAGCCUGGAGUGGGAGAGCCGGGAAUAUUCCCAGCCCCUCGCUGCCCUGGAGAUGAUUGCGCUGCUCUUCUUCUCUGCCCUGCUGUGGGACGAGGCUGGAGCGUGGGGCUUCAAGGAUGGAGUGCUGCACAACUCCAUCUGGUUAGAGCGAGCAGCCGGCGUGUAUCACCGCGAGGCGCGCUCCGGCAAGUACCGCCUCACCUACGCCGAGGCCAAGGCCGUGUGCGAGUACGAGGGAGGACACCUGGCCACGUACCAGCAGCUGGAGGCAGCUCGGAAAAUAGGUUUCCACGUGUGUGCUGCUGGCUGGAUGGCAAAGGGCAGAGUUGGUUAUCCCAUAGUAAAAGCUGGAGCCAACUGUGGCUUUGGCAAGACUGGAAUUGUUGACUAUGGAAUUCGCCUCAACAGGAGCGAGAGGUGGGACGCCUACUGCUACAACCCCAAUGGAAAGGAGUGUGGUGGAGUCUUCACGGAUUCCAAGCACGUUUUCAAGUCCCCGGGCUACCCGAAGGAGUACGAGAAUGAUCAGGUUUGCUACUGGCACAUCCGCGUGAGGUACGGGCAGCGCAUCCAGCUGCAGUUCCUGGAGUUCGAUGUGGAGGAGGACACCGCCUGCCUGGCUGAUUUCCUGGAAAUCUACGACAGCUACGAUGAUAUCAACGGAUUUGUGGGCAGGUUUUGUGGAGAUGAGUUGCCAGAUGACAUCAUCAGCACAGGGAACGUGAUGACGCUGAAGUUUCUGACGGAUGCCUCGGUGACAGCUGGAGGGUUCCAGAUCAGAUACACAACCCUGGACGCGCCUCCCAAGGCGGGGGAUGGCAGGAACGCCACAUCCCAAGGGAAAAACAACUUUUUAACGGGAAAAUUUGGGAUUAUGUGAGCAGAGUAGGCAGCCACAGAAAGGUGUUUUAGACUGAAUUCAAUUCAGAUAUUUGUGGCUUCAGAUAAGACAUUUUUGUCAUCUCUUUCGGAGUUUUUCUCUUUGGCUUUUCUAUGUUUUGUUAAUAAACUAUGCUAGGGAAUAAAUUAUAAAAUAUACUUACAUGGAUAAUAGAAACCUAUUUUUAGAAUAGAAGUACUGUAAAAAUAUGAGGAAUUCUUUGCUACCAAAGACUUAAAAAAUUAUUUUUCUAUAUAAAAUGCUCUUUCUCCUCAUUUCUUGCACCACUUGAACAAAUUUUUGUGUGACUGUUCCCAUUAUUUUUAAACUUCACAGCCUCUUCUCUCCUUAUUUCCCUUGAUUUCCACAUAUUUAUUUUUUAGACUGUUGCUUUUUUUUCCUGUUCUCUACACAUUAUUAUAAUUUUUAUUUUUUUUUAACACCUGAUUUUCUUAAACUCUAAGGGCUUUCAGUGCAAGCUUAUUUUUAAGACACCAAAAUUCAUUUUGUGGAUGGCCUGGCAGUUAUCCAGGUGAAGAUUGGGAAGAGCACAGGAUCAUUUGGAUCCACACUUUAAUCUUCUCAUCAGAUCGAUGGAUUCUGUCAGGGUUCCCUCAUCCAGAGAAGAGCUCUUGAAGUCUUUUCACUUCUCUUAGUAAAGAAUUAAAGGAAUGACUUGGUGAUGAGAAUAAAAGCGUUGAGAUGAAGCAGCAGGAGGAACUUCUCACCGAGCACGUUCAGAAGACACCAGCGAGGUGUUGGAUGUUGUUUACACGGGUUUAAGACUGUUCUGGUUUAAAUUGUUAAAUUUAAAUCCUUCUCUGUGUGUUUUUAACUGAAGCAGCAU